AUGUCGACAUACAUUCGUACAAUGCUGACUAAAAUCUUUGGUAAACCUCAAUAUCGAGUGUUAAUUAUGGGUCUUGAUGCAUCAGGUAAAACAACGAUUCUUUAUAAAUUAAAACUAGGCGAAACAGUUACAACAAUACCUACUAUUGGUUUUAAUGUCGAAACUGUCACAUACAAACGAACUGACUUAACAUUUUGGGACGUAGGAGGACGUGAUAAAAUCCGUGCAUUGAUACGACAUUAUUUUCAGAAUACACAAGCAAUUGUGUAUGUUAUCGACGCAAACGACAGAGAACGAUUGCCCGAAGCGACGGAAGGUCUCCUCAAAGUACUGCCGGAAGAUGAGCUUCGUGAAAUACCGAUAUUAAUAUAUAUGAAUAAGAUGGAUUUAAAGGUCAGUUUAACUCAAGAAGAACUUAUUAAAGAAAUGCGACUGAACGAUAUUCGGAAUAGACCAUGGCAUGUACAACCGUGUUCGGCCACACAUGGCGAUGGUAUAUUCGAAGGUUUGGACUGGUUAAUGCGUGCGAUUAAUUCACCAUCCAAUUUCAUUAAAACGCAAUCGACUGAAACGACAACGGAGAACGAAAAUACUUAUCAUGAAACGAAUAAAACUUUGCAAUGGCUAUCGCAAGAAGACGAAGAUUCUGAUGAAGAAUUUAUCGACAAAUUUCAAAAACAUCAGUUACUUUCCGAACAAUUCGAUCAUCGAUCUCUCCUACGAAUCAUCUGGAGCUACUUACAGUGUCACAAUCGAAAAGAAACGAUCAAAUCGAUAUUUCAACACCUUCUAACAUACAUCGAUGAUAUGAAUGAAACGUUAACCUACUUCUGGAUUCAGAUUGUUCACUAUGCACGAGAAGCAACAAAGAAUCCGACGAAUGACUUUCCUGGUUUUCUAUUGAUGAAUCCUCAACUACUGAAUGAAAGCGAAUUUCCAUUAGUUUACUACAAGAGAGAAACACUGUUUGGUGAUGCGGCAAAAAAGUCUGUUGUACUACCAGAUGUUAAAAAGUUACCCGAUAUUUUACCUUCAACAACAUCUAAGACGAUAACUAAUCAAAUUGAAGAUCAAUCAAUCGAAAAGUUGGAUGACGACGAAUUUUUACGACAAUUCGAAACAUGUACAUUAACGAAUUGGUCACAUAAAACACACGUUCGAAUGACUUGGAUUUAUCUAACACGUGACGGACGACGGACAGGUGUGAAUAAGAUAUUCGACGGAAUCAAAAAUUUCAUAGCAAAUAGUGACACAGCUCGAAAAACAACAUUUCACUUUACAAUGACGUAUUUCUGGAUUCAGAUGAUUGAUUUAGCUAUUGCACAAAGUCCUAAAGAUCUCACAUUCGAAGAAUUUCUUCGUCAAAACCCACAAUUAAUGAAUAGUGAUCUCUUUCUUGAAUACUACAAGAAAGAAACGAUAUUGAACAAUCCAACUGCUAGACAAGAGAUGGUCCUACCUGACAUCAAACCAUUACCAACAUUAGUCAUGUCACAAAACAAGAAAUGA